GCUUCCUUGGUCAGCCUGUCAAAAACACUGUCAAUGGUCGCCCUGAAUCGACGUUGCUGGGGGAGUUAUUGAAUAAUUUCUCACCAAGUACCUCCACCCUCCUCCUCCCAUCAUGGACCUGUAUGAGGUCUUCACAGGAAGCAGGCUGGAUGUCAUCACUGAGGAGGUGCUGAGUGGAGACGAGGAGCGUGGGGAGGAGCACCAGGAGGAGCUGAAGGAGGAGGAGGUGAACAGGGAUCUCCCUACCAAAGAGGCCUUCGUAGUGGUGUCAGAGAGAACAGAGACUAGAGAGUUGUCCUCUACCUUCCAGCGUUUCUCCACGGAUACCAACGACUCUCUAAGGUUCGAGGCGUAUGUCCCGUCUUCAGAUGAGGAGGGAACCCCAUCACCUGACAGCUCUGUGGACGGACACGAUGACGUGUUUGAGGAGCACAAGGAGUCGGAGGACAAGGUGAAUAACAUCAGGACUAAGCUGGAGGAGAAGGUGGUGGAGAUGGAGAACUUUGCAGGACAUCUAGAAGAGAUCUUCCUCACUGUGGAGGAGAAUUUUGGUCGUCAGGAGCAACACCUGGAGCAGCACUGCAACGAUGUUCUCCAGACGCUGUCCCAUCGUUACGACGAGCGAGCCGCUGCGCUGGGGGAGGAGAAGAAGAGGAAGUUGGAGGCCUUGUACACUCAGCUGCUGGGCUGCGGACGCACUCUGGACGCAUCCAAGGACCUGAUUGAGACCGCCCAGGAACUGUACCGCACCGAGGACAAACGACUCUUUCUACAGGCUGUUAUGCCCACCAUGAAGAGAAUUGAGGAGUUUGCGAAGGAGAAGCCUGACCUGACGCUGAUGACCCCUCUGGAGUUUGACAUGCCCCUCGCUGACCUGUCAGACGUCAAGACCAUGAUGGACUCCAUCAACAUCGUACCCAGCCCCUCUGCCCCGGUCAUCAACCCCCAGGUGUCUAACUCGGCCACGCGGACGUCUCUGCGUGUGUGCUGGAGCCUGUUCUCAGACGACUCUGUGGAAUACUACGAGCUCUACUACAGACCUGUCCUGGAGGACACGCCGGCUGUAGACAGCACCAAGGGGCCUGACGUGUCUAAUGUGAAGGUAAAGGAAACCCACUGUAGUGUAGGAGAGCUGCUGCCUAACGUGCAGUAUGAGUUCUGGGUCACAGCUACCAAUACGACAGGCAUCAGCCCUGCCAGUGAGAAGGCUGUCUACGUGACAGUCCCAUCUCCACCAGUCAUCAGACAGAGGGAGUGUAGCAGUUGUCCGGAAGCCGCUCUGAUUCGCUGGGAGUCAGGAAACACCAACCCAGUCGACUCCUACACCGUAGAGCUGAUUGAGACAGGCACUGAUGGACAGAGUGGGGUCACGGAGUCCAUCGUGGCUGUUCCUACCUGUGAGAGUCUGAUCCAGCUGGAGUCAGGAAGACAGUACCUCAUCUACGUCAGAGCUGUCAACAUCGGAGGACCCAGUGACAGGAGCCAGGCUUUUACCGUCUCUACUACAGGAACCAUCUUCCACCUGCUGCAGGACACAGCCCAUCCCUGCCUGUCCAUCUCUGAGGACGGCUUCUCCAUGUUCUACGGAGAUGAGGAGCUCCCGCUCUCUGCCAUGACCUUCGACGACAACACCUUUGCCAGGUGUGUAGCUGUGUUAGGGGACCUGAUCCCUGUGAGAGGCAGACAUUACUGGGAGGUGGAACUGGACGAGGACACAGAGUACAGGAUUGGAGUUGCCUAUGAAGAUACGCAGAGAAACUCCUACCUGGGAGGAACAAAUACAUCCUGGUGCAUGAGACAUGUCCUCACCCCAUCCAGACACAAGUAUGAGUUCCUCCACAGUGGCUGGAGCCCAGACAUCCGGAUAACGGUGAACCCUGUGAGGAUAGGGCUCAGUCUGAACUAUGAGAGAGGGAUCCUGUCCUUCUUCAACGUAGAGCUGGAACAACACCUCUACACCUUCUACUGUAGCUUCCAACGCUACGUUCAUCCCUGCUUCGCUCUGGACAACCCCGGUGCGCUCACUGUUCGCACUGGGCUAGAGGCACCGGGGUACGUCCACUUGGUCUGAGUUUACCUACCAUGAUGUACAUUAAACAGAGUACAGGUGUGUCCAUGGUAACGUCUUUACCUACCAUGAUGUACAGGUGUGUCCAUGGAAACAUCUACCUACCAUGAUGUACAGGUGUGUCCAUGGUAACGUGUCUGUUGUCUGUUAUUCUAACCCUCUGGACAACACUGCAUGGUAGAGCAUAAUUAUACUACAAAAACAUGUUUAUGACCCCUUUGUGUAAGUGGGUUAACAACCAUAUCUGAAUAAAAACCAUGUAUAUCAGUGGUUUAGACCGGGGUUUGAUUGACUAGCACAACACUGUUCCAGAGUAACAUGACGAAACCCUGGACUGGACUACCACAACACUGUUACAGACUAACAUGAUGAAACCCUGGACUGGACUACCACAACACUGUUACAGACUGAUGAUGAAACCCUGGACUGGACUACCACAACACUGUUACAGACUAACAUGAUGAAACCCUGGACUGGACUACCACAAAACUGUUACAGACUGAUGAUGAAACCCUGGACUGGACUACCACAACACUGUUACAGACUAACAUGAUGAAACCCUGGACUGGACUACCACAACACUGUUACAGACUAACAUGAUGAAACCCUGGACUGGACUACCACAACACUGUUACAGACUGAUGAAACCCUGGACUGGACUAGCACAACACUGUUACAGACUGAUGAAACCCUGGACUGGACUACCACAACACUGUUACAGACUAACAUGAUGAAACCCUGGACUGGACUAGCACAACACUGUUACAGACUGAUGAUGAAACCCUGGACUGGACUACCACAACACUGUUACAGACUAACAUGAUGAAACCCUGGACUGGACUACCACAACACUGUUACAGACUAACAUGAUGAAACCCGGGACUGGACGAGCACAACACUGUUACAGACUAACAUGAUGAAACCCUGGA